GAGGGCGGGGGGUUCCUGUCCCCGUGCCUUCCACCGGGGCCCCCGCUCCUCGCCUGGUGCUGGGCAGAGGUGGUGGGCACUGCCCCACUCCGUGCGGGGCUUCAUCCAAUGCUUGUCACCUCCUGCUCCAGCCCCUUACCCAGGGUUUGCCCCGGUCUCUCAGGCUUGUCCCAACCCUCUGCCAGGCCUGUCACUUCCCGCCCCCGUCCCUCAGGCAGGGCUUGUCGCCUCCUGCGGUCCCUCUCGGUGUCCGGGGCUUCGGCGGCCUUGGGGCCCCCAGGAAGCGUUUGGGAAUGGUUGUGCUGUGUCUGGGAACUGAGGCUGCUCCUCCUCCGUUCCCCCUCAGCUCUGCGGGUUCGGCCGCCCUUUUCCGGUGCCGCAUUGGCGCGUUAGUCGAGGUUGUUUCUGAUUGUAUGGAACUGGCUUGGGUGAAAAUGUGUUUUUAGGAAAUUCGACGGAAAGCGUAUAUUGGUAUUAACCUGACAGAUCCUAUGUUCAGAGGAAUCUACAGGGGAACACAGAAACAUCAAGAUGACUUUCUGGAUGUAAUAGAGAGAGCAGUCAAAGUUGGCAUUAAAAAGUUUUUGAUUACAGGUGGGAGUCUGCAAGAUAGUAAAGAUGCAUUGCAGCUGGCACAGACAAAUGACGUGUUUUUCAGUACAGUUGGCUGUCAUCCUACCCGCUGUGGAGAAUUUGAGCAGAGUAGCCCUGAACAGUAUUUAUCUGAAUUAAAAAAUCUGAUUGAAAAUAAUAGGACAAAGGUAAUAGCAGUUGGAGAAUGUGGCUUAGAUUUUGAUAGAUUAGAAUUUUGCCCAAAGGACAUCCAACUCAAGUAUUUUGAAAAACAAUUUGACUUGUCAGAACAGAUGCAGCUGCCCAUGUUUCUGCACUGUAGAAACUCACAUGCUGAAUUUUUAGACAUAAUGAGAAGAAACCGAGAUAGAGUUGUAGGAGGGGUGGUACAUUCCUUUGAUGGCACAAAGGAACAAGCAGAAGCUUUAAUAGAUUUGGAUCUUUAUAUUGGAAUAAAUGGCUGUUCACUGAAAACAGAAGCCAACUUGGAAACACUGAAAUCAAUUCCUAGUGAACGAUUAAUGAUAGAGACUGAUGCACCUUGGUGUGGAGUGAAAAAUACUCACGCUGGAUCAAAAUACGUUAAAACUACAUUUCCUACAAAAAAGAAAUGGGAAAAAGGGCACUGCUUGAAGGACAGAAAUGAACCCUGCCAUAUAAUUCAAAUACUGGAAAUAAUGGCGGCAGUAAGAGAAGAUGACCCACUUGAGUUGGCCAAUACUCUAUAUAACAACACCAUUAAAGUCUUCUUUCCAAAUAUGUAAAGUUGUUUUUCUUACAUUUA